AUGUUUUCCAUAUUCAAUUCACCAUGUGUUUUUGAACAGCUGCCAUCUUUUAGUCAGCCCCUACAUUCGCGUUAUUUUGAUUGCAGUUCUCCAGUGAGCUAUUAUCCAGAAUGUAAAAGGAGGAAAGCAAUAAAAGCUAACCUAAGAGCUCCAAAAAAAAGCGAUGCAAAUUGUUCAGAACCUUUGAGGUAUGCACUUGCUGAAACACCAAAUGGUUAUACAUUAAGCUUGUCUAAGCGGAUUCCAUAUGAACUUUUUUCAAAGUACGUUAAUGAGAAAUUAGGUGAGCUAAAGGAGAACCAUUACAGACCAACUUACCAUGUUGUCCAAGAUUUUUUUGGAAACCAGUAUUAUGUUGAAGAUGAAGCGGAUGAAGAUGCUCUAUUGAGAUCUGCAUUGAAAGAUCUGGAUUUUAGAGCCAUAGGAAAGAAAAUUGCUAAGGAUCUUUUCCAAGACUACGAAAUAGAAUUGAAUCAUAGAGGUGAUGAAUUGAGCAUAUUGAGUAAGAAGGAUAAAAUCUUUAAGGAAUUCUCUCUAGACCAAGUGUUUGAAGAUGUUUUUGUUAUUGGCUGUGGAGUUGAAAACAUAGAUGAUGGCUCGAGAGAAAAAUAUGCACUUUUAAAGAUUGGUUUAGUUAAGCAUGAGGAAGAAAUUUCCGAAGGUGGCAUCAACGAACCAAAGAUGCCAAUAAUUGAAUCCAAAAUAGACGAGUCUCACGAUGAUGUUAACAUGUCUGAAUCUUUGAAGGAGGAAGAAGCGGAGAAAGCGAAAGAACCACUAACCAAAGAAGACCAAAUAAAAAAAUGGAUAGAGGAAGAAAGAUUGAUGCAGGAGGAAAGCAGAAAAUCAGAACAGGAAAAAGCUGCCAAGGAAGAUGAAGAAAGGCAAAAGAAAGAGAAGGAAGCCAGAUUGAAGGCAAGGAAAGAAUCUUUGAUAAAUAAGCAAAAAACCAAGAGGUCCCAGCAAAAAAAAUUGCAAAAUUCCAAAUCAUUGCCUAUCUCUGAGAUUGAGGCCAGCAAUAAAAAUAAUAAUAGCAAUUCUGGUUCAGCAGAAAGUGAUAAUGAAAGUAUAAACAGUGAUUCUGAUACGACUUUGGAUUUCUCUGUGUCUGGUAAUACACUAAAAAAACACGCUUCACCCCUAUUAGAAGACGUUGAGGAUGAGGAAGUUGACAGAUACAACGAGUCCCUAAGCAGAUCUCCCAAGGGAAACUCUAUUAUUGAGGAGAUAUAA